AUGGGCCCCUGUACCGCCUCCUCAUGCUGCUGCCAGGCCCGUAAUCUGCCAUGGGCCCCCGUACCGACUCCUGAUGCUGCUGCCAGGCCCGUAAUCUGUCAUGGGCCCCUGUACCGCCUCCUCAUGCUGCUGCCAGGUCCAGAGUGUGUCAUGGGUCCCUGUACGGCCUCCCAUUGCUGCUGUCUCCAUCGCCACACUCUGCCAUGUGCCACUUUCAGGUCUCCUCACACUGCUGGUGGUUUCCAUUUUUGUCAUAGGGUGCUGUAUGGCCUCCAUUGCUGCUGCCUCCACCGCCACACUGUGGCUCCACACUCUGGUUUUGGCCCCGUGACUGCCCAAAUGAGUGAAGUGUGCGGUGAUUCUAAGAUCGACGGCACUCAUCUGCAUGUCAUACUGACUGUCAGUAUUAUUUCUCUUCCCCAGCAGACUCCAAGGGCAUUUAAAUUAAAGGUACAGUGUUCUGCACUAAUAUAA